CUUAUUUUGUAGACUUUAGAUCUAACUGACGUUGGCUCCAUGCGCCGAGCUUAUGCGAUGUUAUGAAACUGCGCUCCGCUGUCACGUGUCCACAGAUGAGGGGACAGAUGCUGACGUCGACAUUUUCAAUGGGAAGACAGUGAAAGGUCCUUGUGUGGAACCGCCAAAAAUUUCUAUCAUGCAGUUGGAGGCUCAGCUACGUCUGUGCCAGAGUUGUUUUUGGUGUUGCAAGAGUGGACUGCGGCUGUUCUCCCAAAGCUAUACGCAAAGAAAAGCUGCGACCUACUACGACCUCCUGGGAGUCAAAUCUGAUGCCACGUUAGAGGAAAUCAAAAAUGCCUUUUUUGACAAAUCCAAAAAGCUACAUCCAGACAGCGACCCGUCAAACCCGGCACUGCACAGCCAGUUUGUGCAGCUGAACGAGGCCUACAGGGUGCUGAGCAAAGAUCUGAGUAGGAAGGAGUACGACUUCAAAAUACGACAGCCGUAUGGUGGUGCUCAAGUCUUCAGAUCUGCCUCCACUGACCCCAGCUACAGAGGCAGCAUGGAUGCCUAUGAGAACAUCCGUUACUGGGAGCAGGUUCAUCACCCUCACACUCCAGAGAUGAUGGCCGAGGAGAAGCAGAAGAUGAGGAAGAGGAACUUCCGCCUGGUGGCAUAUUGUGUCGUCGCUAUGAUGCUCAGCAUAGGAGCCCACGCCGUCCUCUUCAAGAAACUGGAAGAAGUUCACACUAACUUCAUGGAUGAGAAAGACCGAAUCAUCAUAGGAAUUUACAAUGAAGCCAAAGAGAGGGCGAGGGUCAAUGGUUUUAAGAAGCAAACGGAAAUCCUGCGUCAGAAGCACGCGGAGUUUAAGGAGAAAUACAAACGCACCGACGUUGGAGACGACAAGUAGCAGAUCCUUCAGCUGUGCUCGGUGAUGCCAGCAGGCGGACCAAGCUGGCUAUUGUGUUAGUUUUAAGAUUAUGUAUUUUCUGACCUUUUUAAACGUGUUUCCACGCCUGUUUUUGCCCUCAGAUGUGAUCCUGAAAUCUGCAGGGAGUGGGUGGGGUUUAGGGGGAGGACCAGGAUAAGCUUUUAUAUUUUAUGGGACUCGUUUGUUCCCAAACCUGUUCACGGUUUGUCCACAGGAGCCGUAAUGAGCUCUAUCAAACUGCCCCUAAUGGAGUCUCAGGAACACGCCGUUUGCUGUUUAUUGUUCUCAGCCUCAUUUCUGUUACAGCUGUGCAGCAUCUGGAACUCACAUGUGACGGUGAAUAAUACAACAUGACAGCUGAUCAAGUUGUGAAGAGAGAGACUCUUAUUUGCAGCAAUGUUUCAUGUUGUUUUAAAAGAAAAUGUCUUUGAGCGCUCAAGUGUGGACGGUGCUGUUUAAAUUGGUUCACACCUGAUAUAUAUUCACAAGUGUUUGAUUUUUGGACUUUCUGCACUUCCUGCCAACAAAUAUCGAUUUGUUUGACACAGAAAAUCUGGAGAAAAAAGUGCCACUGAGUAAGUUAUUUAUUGCAAACUGUUGUAAUAUUAUGGAGAAAUGCAUUUAAAGGAAAGAUCACACACACAAAGUGAGCCAACAUUUACCAUUUUGGCCUCUCAGUCUUUAUAUAUUAUAUUGUUUUAUGUUUUUGCUGCCUUGUUGAGUCCCUCUUGGGACAUCUGAGAGAAAGCUUUAAAAGAUCUCAUUAACCAUCCUUUGCUUGAUUUCACUUUACUUCUACAUGCUUCUUGUUAUUUAAUGUCUUGCUUAUUACCAUUUCUUCCCAUAGUGUCAUUUGUUUCCUGUUACCUUUUAACGAGCAGCAGAGAAGAAUCGGUAAUGAUUCAAAUAGAUAAUUAUCUCAGAUCUUUGUUUUCCAUCACGUCAGUGAAAGUGAAUCAUACAUUUUUAACUUUGAAGACAGCAACGCAGUUAUGUUUAUUUGCAUGUUUGCUUUUACAAACAAGAAAAUUUCCAGUGAUCAUCCAGGAAAGGCGACACCCAUUAUGAAGUCAAGGCUUGGAUUCUUUCCUUCUUUCUUUCUUUUUAUUUUGGAAGGAAUUGUGUGGGUGUGUAAAACCCUGCAUCUACAGCGUGAAGUUUGUUUUUAAGAAAGGAUAUCGCCCCUUUUCCCUCUCUGUUUUCUUGUCACCAGCGGCCCCUGCCCUGAGACGUCAGCAGGAGAUAACAUACUGUGUCCCCGCAUAGCUCUCAGACACCCUCACCCUCAUGUGGCGUGUGAGUACCCUGUCAUAACCCAAACACGCCAUAAUGACUGAGAUCCUCGUGUCAGCAUGCCUUCACACACACACUGAUAGGAGAUGAGGCUCAAGAGUUUUCCUGCUAGAGAAGAAAACUGCUCUGGAUGCAGUUUUAAUUGACUUUUAUCUUUAGUUUAAUGAGCUGCGAAGAGAAACUGUGUAGAAUCAUGCUCUGAAAUAAAAGCGUGACAUGCU